AUGGACGAUGUAGAUGAGCCAGACGAACGAGAAGAACUGUUCUAUAAUAACGUUAGAGAGAAAAUAAUUUUUCUCUUGCUAUUUGUUUUGUUGCUGGCGCUCAGUUAUGCCAUUAUUAAUCAUUACAGAAAAAGGGACAACAUUGUCGUUUCUGUUCAAGAUGAAGAUGAUAUUACAGUUUAUAAAUAUAGUUUGUUACUUUGCACUAUCGCACUGGCAGUUGCUGUCGGUGCAGCCCUAUUGUUACCUAUUUCGAUAGCUAGUAAUGAAGUGCUGUCUUUAUAUCCUUCCAGUUAUUAUGUUCAAUGGUUAAAUCACUCACUUAUACACGGUCUGUGGAGUUUGGUAUUUUUGUUUUCAAAUUUAUCUUUAUUUGUGUUCUUACCGUUUGCAUUUCUAUUCAAUGAAUCUGAAGGAUUUCCUGGUCAUCGAAAAGGUUUAAAAGCAAGAGUAUAUGAAACAUGUACGGUGCUUUUGUUACUUUCGAUAUUUGUUCUUGUAUUAACGUACUUGCUGUACACAAUUUUUUAUACUGAGCAAUCUCUUUUUUACAUGCUAUUCAAUUUAUGGAACAACUAUCUACCAUUCUUAUAUUCUUGCAUUUCAUUCAUCGGUGUACUUAUGCUAUUAAUAUGUACUCCAGUUGGAUUUGCUACCUUGUUUACCAUUCUAAGUCGGUUUAUGAUUAAGCCACAACUACAAAAAACCACAGAUGAAGAAAUCAGCAUUUUAAGGCUUGAAGUAGAUUGUCUCUCUAGAAGAUUGGACCAAGUAACUAUAAAUGGUUUAACAUACAUGUCACCAGAACCUAUGUUGGAAGGAAAAAAACAAAAUAUAACUCGUACAGAGAAGGAGUUAUGGACAUUGCAAAAUGGAAAGUUAAAACGUGGACUAACUGAUAGAUUAUCAAUUCAUCAAGAAAGACUUGAUGUACUUGAAAAACAAAGAAAAAUAUCGGUAUUUCGUAAGUUAUUUUUAUAUCCAACAUUCAUGCUAUUGCUGUUAGCACUUACUGUUGUCACGGUGUUAUUAGUUGUCCAAAAUUUACUUUUGAUACUCAUUGGCAUAAAAGCAUUACCUCUUAAUACUAGACAAUUUACUUUAGGUGUGAGUUCGCUAUCCAAAUUAGGACCAUUUGGGGCUGGUUUGGAAAUAGUCAUUAUUUUAUACAUGUUAGUGGCCUCAAGUGUUGGUUUAUAUUCAUUGCCUAUAGUCUCUACAUACCGUCCACAUAUUAAACAAACACCAUUGACACACAUAGUAGGCAAUUGUACUUUGUUGCUUAUAUUAAGCUCUGCAUUACCAUUAUUAUCUAGAAUUCUAGGAAUUACAGACUUUGAUUUAUUAGCUGAUUAUGGAAGAAUUGAAUGGCUUGGAAAUUUCACAAUUGUUGCUUUGUACAAUUUCGUAUUUGCUUCGGCUGCUACACUUUGUUUAUUUAACAAGUUUACUUCAGCUGUACGAAAAGAAUUAUUAUCAAGACUCAAAAGUUUUUGGAAAUGGAUGAUGGGCCGCGACUACAGUAUUACACACAUUAAUUCUAGUUUUUCAGUAGAUAAUUCACCGACAAUUGCAAAAAAAAACAGUUAA